CUGUUGUGGGACAUGCGCAUUCUGCGUCUCUCUCCGCUGCGAGUCCAACCAGAGGACCCGCCGACAGCGCACUCCAGACACGCCCCCGCAUUCAUCAAGCGGACCGCGCCCACUCUCCGCCGCAGCCGGCUGCAGGACACACCUGUGACUGACGAUGAGCAGCAUAAAAGACCAGUGGACACAGGGAUCCGUGCGGGAACUUAGUUCCAAAUGCGUACCAAUUCUCCGUCGCCCGCAAGGUGAGCUGUGCGUCUCACUCUUUUCCCUGGAUCUCCCUCUGGAUUCUGACUGCCUCCUUUGUACCUCGACUCCUCGCUCGUUUGACCUGAACCCUCUGCCUGCCCCACGGACUUCCGCGUUCUCUUUUGUCAACACUUGGGUAAAACACACUUCAGUUAAUUUACACACUUAGAGUAACACCAUACACUCUAUAGUUUUUGCCACGCUCCAUUUACUUAGUAUAUUUUCUGUUGAUUUAUUAUUACAUAUAUAUAUUAAUAAAUAUUUGGACAUACUGCCACCUGGUGUCCGUUUGCCGUCACGUCCUCCCUUAGUAAACCAUAACAGUAAGUUCCCGCCAGAAAAAUUAAAUAGUAGGACCUGACGGCACAGUAUUUUUGUUGUUGUUGUUGUUUUCAUAGCCCCCAGUGACUUUAGCUCUGUCCCAGUGACUUUUUGUUUGUUUUUUUUUGUUUUCUCGCCUUUCCUCCUUCCUUUUUGCCCCUGUCACGAUGUCUUUUUCCUCCACCAUGGACCAUUUUUAUAGCCCUCAACACUCCGUCAAGGGACUGUUUAAUUUCAAUACGGGGAGGGAUGAAUUUGCCCGGCGCCUGGCCACCCACCUCCCACCCUUAGUGACAAUUCCUCAGUCAGCUGGAGGCGUUUGGCAUCCGCGUUCGGAAGGAGGGGAUAGUGCUGGUGACUGUGCUGAUAUGGUGGCGCAUCUACACCCAGCCAGGCAAACCCCUGCCAUACCUAUACCAUCUGUUUUUCAUUUUUGUACUGGUGGCUGUGCUAAUGUGGUAGCACAGCUGCAACCAGACAGACUUCCCCCUGCCCGAGAUAUCCCACCUAUCUUCCGUUUUUCCCAGCCGCAGCCACCAGUCCCCUGGCUAGCCUCCGAGCUAGUACCUGUCCCGAAGCUAGCGCCCGAGCUAGCGCCAGUCCCCGAGCUAGCCCCCGAGCUAGCCCCCGAGCUAGCGCCAGUCCCCGAGCUAGCCCCCGAGCUAGCGCCAGUCCCCGAGCUAGCCCCCGAGCUAGCGUCAGUCCCCGAGCCAGCCCCCGAGCUAGCGUCAGCCCCCGAGCUAGCGUCAGUCCCCGAGCCAGCCCCCGAGCUAGCGUCAGUCCCCGAGCCAGCCCCCGAGCUAGCGUCAGUUCCCGAGCCAGCCCCCGAGCUAGCCCCAGUCCCUGAGCUAGCCCCCGAGCCAGCGGCAGUCCCCGAGCUAGCCCCCGAGCUAGCACCAGCCCCUUGGCAAGCCCCUGAGCUAGCACCUGUCCCCAGGCUAGCCUGUGAGCUAGCACCCAUACCUAGGCUGGCCCUGACCCCCGCCCCUCAGCCAGUAGCACUGGCUUCAGCUCCUCAGCCAUCUCCUCGUGUCCGGCGGGCUGCAGCACGGCGCCGCCCACCUCCUUGUGUCCGGCGGUCCUCACUACAGUGCCGUCCACCUCCUCGUGUCCGGCGGCCUGCACCAGGGAACCAUUCGCGCCCGCCUUACCGACGGCCAAGAUGUCGACCGUUCUUUGGUCGUCCACUUCGCCGGCCGCAGCGGCGGUCCACCCGACGCCGCCACCAGACUUGUCCCCGAUGGCUUCUGAGACACUUGGGCUGGCGACCCACCACCAGCAGGCCAGCGAGCGACAAGACCCACAGAGCGGGCACGCCGUGCCAGCGGCAGGUCGUAGACAGACACGCUGGGCUAGGAACAAAGCAAGGGAGAGAAAGGCAGAAAGACCGUCCCACAAGCAACCGGGCCCGUCAAGUCGGCCGCAACAGGACCGCCCAGCACGGAUAUGGGACAUCUAGCAUCUACCCCAGGGGAGCCUCCGACUGA